GUUUAAGCUGACGGACCGACGCUGGAGAUGUGCUCCGGCAUUUCUCGGGUUGUAGCUGGCUCUGUUCUGAGAGGGAGCGCUAGAACUGUCCCAUCAUGCCCACUGUGGUGGUAAUGGAUGUGUCCCUUUCCAUGACCCGACCUGUGUCUGUCGAGGGCUCUGAGGAAUACCAGAGGAAGCACCUGGCUGCCCACGGCUUGACAAUGCUGUUUGAACACAUGGCCACAAACUACAAGCUUGAAUUUACAGCACUGGUGGUUUUUUCAUCACUUUGGGAGCUGAUGGUCCCCUUCACAAGAGACUACAACACCCUGCAGGAAGCAUUGAGUAACAUGGAUGAUUAUGACAAAACCUGCUUGGAGUCUGCAUUAGUUGGCGUUUGCAAUAUUGUCCAGCAAGAAUGGGGUGGAGCGAUUCCAUGCCAGGUUGUUCUGGUGACUGAUGGCUGUCUUGGCAUUGGCAGAGGGUCACUGCGACAUUCCCUAGCUACUCAGAAUCAAAGGAGCGAGAGCAACAGAUUCCCACUCCCCUUCCCUUUCCCGUCUAAGUUGUAUGUCAUGUGCAUGGCCAACUUGGAGGAGCUUCAGAGCACUGACUCCUUGGAAUGCCUUGAACGACUUAUAGACUUAAACAAUGGUGAGGGGCAAAUUUUUACUAUUGAUGGCCCCCUGUGUUUGAAAAAUGUCCAGUCUAUGUUUGGAAAGCUGAUAGAUCUGGCGUACACACCUUUCCAUGCUGUUCUCAAGUGUGGCCACCUAACGGCUGAUGUACAAGUCUUCCCCAGGCCAGAGCCUUUUGUUAUAGAUGAAGAAAUUGAUCCUAUCCCUAAAGUCAUUAACACAGACUUGGAAAUAGUGGGCUUUAUUGACAUAGCUGAUAUUUCCAGCCCCCCAGUUUUAUCCAGGCAUUUGGUCUUGCCCAUAGCACUUAACAAAGAAGGUGAUGAGGUGGGUACUGGCAUCACUGAUGACAAUGAAGAUGAAAAUUCAGCCAAUCAGAUCGCUGGCAAAAUACCCAACUUCUGUGUGCUGCUCCAUGGUAGCCUGAAAGUGGAAGGAAUGGUGGCAAUUGUACAACUAGGUCCUGAAUGGCAUGGGAUGCUCUACUCGCAAGCUGAUAGCAAGAAGAAGUCAAACCUCAUGAUGUCUCUCUUUGAGCCUGGCCCAGAACCUCUCCCAUGGCUUGGGAAAAUGGCACAGUUGGGUCCCAUUUCAGAUGCUAAAGAAAACCCUUAUGGGGAGGACGACAACAAGAGUCCAUUCCCCCUGCAGCCCAAAAACAAACGCAGUUAUGCCCAGAAUGUGACUGUCUGGAUCAAACCCAGCGGCCUGCAGACAGAUGUGCAGAAGAUCUUAAGAAAUGCAAGGAAGCUCCCUGAAAAAACACAGACAUUCUAUAAGGAGCUGAACAGGUUACGAAAAGCUGCCUUAGCCUUUGGUUUCCUGGACCUGCUCAAAGGAGUGGCCGACAUGCUGGAGAGGGAGUGCACCCUGCUGCCUGACACAGCCCACCCUGAUGCCGCGUUCCAACUCACCCACGCUGCCCAGCAGCUCAAGCUGGCCAGCACCGGCACCUCUGAGUAUGCUGCAUAUGACCACAACAUCACACCCCUGCACACGGACUUCUCAGGGAGCAGCACUGAACGAAUGUGAUGCUAACCUCUGGAGCUUUCCUUCUCUGUUCAUUUUGUCUGAAAAUGAGCCAUUCAGCCCCAAAUAGCCAUCCAAGGACCUCGAGCUGUCUCAGAAGCAGCACUGCCAGUUUGAAUGUCUCUACUACAGUCUGAGAAAGGUCCGAAGGGUGGUUGUCUGGGGCUUUCACACUAGCUCCGUGGGGCUCAGUCCGAAACAGCUUUUGGUUCAUGUUGAGCACAACUCCUGAGAAGCUUGGACAGAUGAGGACAGAGCUCCACUGCCCCCCUCAGGAAGCCGCCCAGCAAGGGCCUGCCCGCAUCCAAAAAGUUAUAAGGACAUUCUUAUCUACUGUGCUUAGAAUGAGCAAUCCAGAUGUCUAAAACUUGUCUAAGUACAAACCCGAUGCCACCAAGUUUCAAGAUUUUUCUCAGAGCUUGUUAAAAUACAGGUGUGUCUGGUGUGUCCCGAGGUACAGCUCUUUAGACAGCAGCCACAUACGUAUGUGUAAAGUCACUCCUGUUCAUG